AUGGGAAUUCCUGGUCCACCCCUGGACCACAAAGUAAGUAUAAAACUUUCUCUCACGUGCUUUGCACGUGCACGCGCAACACCCAAAAAAAACCCUAUCUCUUCCAACUCCAACUCCAGCGUCGCCUACCUCCCUCCAGCGCCGCUUCCUUCCCGUGCCUCCAUCGUCGCCUGCGAACUCCCUCUAGCGGCGUCUACAGCGCCGACCUCCAGCAAGUAUAGCGCCAUCUCCAGCGUCGACCUCCAGCGCCGCCUCCGCACAAAAGCCCUAGCGUCUCGACAUCUAGUGCCGCCUUCCUCUACGCUGCCUCCAUCCAGCAUCGCCGACCUCCAGCGCCGCCUCCAGCCAGCAUCGCCGACCUCGGGGACCUCCAGCAACCUCCCGUCCUCCACCUCCAGCGGCCUCCGGGCACAAGUGGUUGGAUGGCCACCGAUCCGAAGUUAUAGAAAGAACACAAUGGUCACAAACCCGACCAAGAAGAAGGAGGAUGAUGAAGUGAAACAAGGGACGGAAUGCCUCUAUGUCAAGGUCAGCAUGGAUGGAGCUCCAUAUCUCAGAAAAGUUGACCUCAAAAUGUAUUCCAACUAUAAGGAACUCUCACUGACUCUUGAGAAGAUGUUUACUUGCUUUACUAUUGGAUUGGAACUAUUCUCUACUUCAACUAGUACUAAUUCUUUGUAGUUGGUGUUGCGGCAUGUUUACUGAUUCAUGCAGAACGUUGAGGAUCAUGAAAGGUUCAGAUGCAAUUGGUAUUGGUAUAUGUUUCCAUUUCGUCCUCUGUUUCUUAAUCAGCAAUCAUUAAUUAUCAAACAAAUUCGGAUUGGUUGAUAACAUACAAGCUUAGUUUUUUUACCCCUACAAUAUCUCUGAAGUAUGCGUAAUUGUCAAUAAUUAAUCUAAGCUGAUAAGCCCUACUGUUAGCCUGUGGUUGACCAGAUCUUGUACCUGAUAGAAUUCGCAACAGUUCGUAUCCUGUUUCCUAACUGAGUAAAUUUUGGUGCAGCUCCGAGGGCCAUGGAGAAAUCCAAGAGCAGAAACUAACAAAACAUGCAGACCAAACUAGUUGCAACUGGCUCACAGAAACUGAAAGAUAUCUGUUUAGUCUUGUCUUUAUUUUGUGAUUUACCAGAGUGGAGUGAAACCUCUAGUUUACUUGCUAGUUCGUGGACAGUGUUGGUAGUUGCUGUAGUAGGUAUUAUCUUGUCAUCUCGUAUGCAUUGGUAUUAGAAGUGUGCUUUCAUUAA